AUGAGCCACACGAAAAGCCAGGAGAACGAUGAGCUGACAUGUGACGAGAAGAUUGUAUUCGUCAUGGAUGCAUUGAAAAGCGGCGCAAAGAAGCGCAAAAUUUCGAAGGCCCGCCCGCUUUCUUUCGGUGCACACAUGGAUCCGGCCAAAAUCCGUGCUCUUCGCCCUCCAUUCCAUGUGACAUGGCGUAUGAGGCUCACUCAUCAUCGUGUUCUCUCACCUGUGAGACCUGUGCUCCUUCAUGCCCAAGAAGUUCAGGUCACGCCGGGCGUGCUCCGACUUUUCUGA